ACGGCUGCGAAACGCCUUUUGGAGGCGUGCGGAGAACCUUGGAAGACUACAAGCCCCGUGGUGCUUUGCGCGCAUGCUAGGGACGGCUCCCCCCUGGGUGCGGGCGGCGGCUGGGCCGGAACGUGUCGCGGGGGCGUCACGUCGGCUGGUCGCCCGUGAAUAAGAAGGCGAGAGGGGGUGGGGGUUGGGCUACUGCCUUGUGACGCCCAAGCGACCCCCCCUGGCCUCCUCUCCCCUCCACCCCACCCCCUCCGCGGCAGCUUGUCUCUGCGGCUGUCCGACUGCAAGUGACCAGGCGGGUAGGCGAGCGAAAUGGCUGAGACCAUCGCCGACACCAGGCGCCUGAUCACCAAGCCGCAGAACCUGAACGACGCCUAUGGGCCCCCCAGCAACUUCCUCGAGAUCGACAUCUCCAACCCGCAAACGGUCGGCGUUGGCAGGGGCCGCUUCACGACCUACGAGGUCAGGGUCAAGACAAACCUCCCUAUCUUCAAAUUGAAGGAGUCGUGCGUCAGGAGAAGAUACAGCGAUUUUGAGUGGCUCCGAAGUGAACUAGAAAGAGAAAGCAAGGUUGUAGUACCUCCCUUACCUGGAAAAGCUUUUCUCCGCCAGCUGCCUUUUAGAGGAGAUGAUGGGAUAUUUGAUGAUUCCUUUAUAGAGGAAAGGAAACAAGGGCUCGAACAAUUCAUAAACAAAGUUGCAGGCCACCCUCUGGCACAGAAUGAACGCUGUCUUCAUAUGUUCUUGCAAGAUGAAGUAAUAGACAAAAGCUACACACCAUCCAAAAUAAGACAUGCUUGAAUGCUUAACAACACUUAACUGGCAUAAAUGUUAGUGAUUAAUACACUUGGUCUAAGAUUUGUAGUUUAAGGUUCUAGCAUGCUGCAGAUAAACUGGCACAAGAAGCCUUUGUUAUACUAACGGCACUGCUUGGUCUUUGCAUUCAUUUUAUGGCGUUUAAGAACUCGAGGUAAACUUGCUGUCAGACCUUUUUGAUUAAAUGGCUUUUAAAAACUA